AGGUACAAGAAAGUCCUUGAUCAAGCAAAGGCUUUAACGAUCUUUAUUUAUGCUCAUCACAAGACUUUGGCAAUGAUGAGAACUUUCACAAAGAAGAGAGAUAUAGUGAGGCCCGGUGUGACUAGAUUUGCAUCUUCAUUCCUUACUUUGCAAAGUUUAGCCGAGAAGAAGAUUGAAUUAAGGGCAAUGUUUUCUAGCAAUGAAUGGGAGGCAUGUAAAUUUUCCAAUAUGGCUAAAGGGAAGGUAGCACACUCAACCGUAACGAGUAUGGGAUUUUGGCAAGGUGUAACGGCAUGUUUGAAGGUUUUUGCACCAUUGGUGAGAGUACUUCGACUUGUUGAUUGUGAUAACAAGCCAUCAAUGGGGUUUGUAUAUGGUGAGCUUAUGAGAGCAAAAGAGGAAAUCAAACAUGCUUUGUCCGAUGUCCCAAGGAACUAUAAAUCGAUUAUUGACAUUAUUGAAGAAAAAAUGAAAGAUAGGCUUGACUCUCCUCUUCAUUUGAUGGCAUAUUUGUUGAAUCCUUAUUACCAUUAUAAGGAUCCACAACUUCAUUUGGACGAAGUUGUAGGUGUUGGAGUUGUUGAUUUUUGUGAUAUUCUAUUCGUCAAUGAUUUUGACAUGCAAAAUAAGAUUUUAAGUGAAGAAUUGCCAAAAUAUAAGAAGAAGGAGGGGAUGUUUGGAAGAAGCAUCGCAAUCAAAGCAUGUGAGGUGAAUGAUGACAACUUUAAUCCCGCAAAUUGGUGGUCAACUGUUGGUACCUCAACCCCUUUAUUGAGAAGAAUAGCCAUAAAGAUUCUUUCUUUAACAUCUAGUUCUUCGGGGUGUGAAAGAAAUUGGAGCACAUUUGAAGGGAUACAUACAAAGAAGAGAAAUAGACUUGAAUCAAAUCGUCUCAACAAUUUAGUUUUUGUCCAAUUUAAUGCUACUUUGAUGAACAAGAACAAGCAAGAUAAAAAUAUUGAAAAGUUGGUUGGUAGUGAUGCAAGUUUAAUACAAGAUUGGAUUGUGGAAAAUCUUGAGAAUGAUGAGACUGAGCCGGGAUUGGAUUGCAACAAUAAUGCUAUGGAAGUGGAUGAAGCAUUACAACCCCGUAGAAGUGCUAGAUUGAGGGAUCUUGAUGAAGAUAACUUUGAAUCGGAAGGGGAAAGUGAGGAGGAAAUAAAUGAAGUGGAGUUUGAAGAUGAUGGGCAACGUGUUAUUGAGCAAUAUGGACAAGAUGAAGAAAUUGGCAAUGAUCCUAUUCAAUCAUGAUUCAUGAAUCACUUUGGAUUUCAAAACUUUAAAAUUUGGACUUGAAUGUUGAAUUUUUGUUGAAUGUUAAUUAUGUUGUAACUUGUAAGUUUAAACUUUAAACAUUGAUACUUGGAUGUUGUUUCA